AUGAGGAGGCCCCAGACCGAGAGGAAAUCGACGAAUGCCGGAGCUAUUUUCCACAGGCCAGGAUCUGAAAACAGCCUCGAGAUCCAGGAACUUGCUCGUUUCGCCGUCGCCCACCAUAACGACAAACAGAAUGUGUCAUUGGAAUAUAAGAGGGUAACGAAUGUCAAGCGAGGUCUGGUGGCCGGGUGGAUGUACUAUCUAACGCUGGAGGCGGCGGAAGGUGGUCAAAACAAGGUAUACGAGGCCAAGGUGUGGGUCCAGUCAUGGACGAAAUUUAAGUCACUUGAGAAAUUUAA